AUGGACCCAGCAUUCCAUGAGGCUAGGCAGAGAUUCACCACGCCCAAACCGCGACAGAUUGAGCACAAGCCGACCAAAUGGCAACAACACUUGGCCCGCAAUCCCUACGCCCAAGCUCUGGCCAGACCUGUACGGAAAUGUCCCCUUACCGGCGUCGCCCUCCCCGCCUUCUUCCUUCAGCGCUUUAAUCUCAUCGCACACCCAGAGACAAACGUCCCUUGGUUUGUGCCUGACAAUCUGGAGACAAAGGUCCCAGCCGCUCCCACAGUUGCCGAGCCCGAAACAGUCGGACCCGGGUCAGAACCAGCCACUCACACAACGGCCGAACCUGAAGCUUCAGAAACGGUCCACCCCGAGCCCGAACCAGCCGAGCCGCCGUCACCGGAGGCGGCACAGGAUCCACCGGAGUCGGCCGAGGCAGAGCUGAAAGCGGACAAGUCAGCCGCGCAGACAGAAGAUGCUGACAAGACAGGCCCUGGUGCAUACACGCUUGCUAGUCAACGGCUGCUUCAAGAACUGCAGCGGGACAAGUCCCCGUACUUCAGGGGUCAAAAAAGACUCCUCCGCAUGAGCCAAUAUGGGCAAUCCAAAUCCGGCACUCUCCUAAACCAGGCCAAUUGGCGCAGCGAUAUGGACACGGUCUUGCUGGAAAUUAUGCGCAGGCGCGUUGUUGAGCGACUCUGCUACUUUUCAAACAUGGUCACAGGCUCCGAACGGAAGUAUCUCACCAAGUGCGAGCCCUGGAACAAUGUCAAGGACCGCAAACAUCGGGGAUGUCUGCUAUAUCUAGGCCCCCCGGAUGGUAAUCCGUCUUCGGAGCCCGCUUCCGAGUAUGUUCCGCCGAGGUUGUCGACAAUGGAUAUGGGCCCCGUGCGGUUUGGGGCGAAGCUCGCGGUUCACAAUCUGCGUGAGCUUUUGGGGGAAAAGCACCUCAGCGAGCUGAGGCAGCAGGAACUGCUUCAGGAUGGGUCUCUGUAUCUGCUGGGCAGGAAAGCGACCGUUCCUCUGCAGAUGCUGCUGUGGAAACUCCAGGGGUACAUGGCGUGGGGAGAACAAGCGGAUACGGCAAAAGCAGACGGCGACUCGGCACAAUAA